AAUCUGUCAAAUCAAAGGUGGAUUUGUUUGGGAAAUGGAGGAAUGUUUUUUUAGUUCUUGUAAAUUUCAUAACACUGUGUUAUUAGGAUUCUGUGAGAAAUAAGUGACAAUGGCAAUGUAUCAAAUAUUACAACAUAUAAACGUAAAUAAAACAUGUGUGUGACCAAGUGAAAUAUGAUCAAAGAUAAUGCCGACACCAUGAAGCUAUUAUCGCUGCUGUUAACGAUUACGAGCUUCGGCGUCUCUCAGAUCUUCGCCCAGAAUGAUAACUGCACAAGGACUAAUAGUCGUGGAGAUUACAAACUUUGUGUACGCAAGUUAGCAGAUUCCCUAUCAAAUAAAUUUAACGAAAUAAUUCUCAAGGAACUCGGCAGUGAGUACACUACACACUACGAAAUACGCAACUCACACAAAGUGAACCGCUAUCAAGCAUCCGACAAUGAUACAUUGAAUGAUAUUGCUGGUAAAUUAAAUUACAAGCUCUCAUCUGCUAAAAAUAUUUUGAAAGAUAUGAAGAAUAUUACUGGCAAUAACAAUACUCCGUCCUACACUAAUCCAUGCCCAUUUAAUUCAAUACGUAAGUCAGUGUUUAUUAAAAGUAGCAGUAAUUUGUAUGAUAAUUUUCCAAUUGUGGAAUCUAAAUCUAAAAUGAUGGACAGAUUCAAAGAUUUGAAAGUGAAGAGACAGUAUUUUUUGUCACAUAUGGACUAUGCCACAGACAGAGAUUGUACAACAAUGCCACACUCAAAUCUUCGAUAUUUAUAUCAUUCUGUAGUAAACCCAGACCCCAAGCUUGUGGUGUUUAUUAUUGACAAUAAUAUGAAUCCCAACUCUCUACAACAUGCUAUUAAUGUAGCUAAAGAAACAGUUUAUUCAUUGCAACCUACAGACUACAUAGCAUUAAAAAUGACCAACACAACAGAGUUUGUCAAAUUUGACGACACUUGCAGCAAUGAUGGAACAUCUGAUGUGGGGAAUGCUACAGACAACAACAAGAUGAUUUUUCGAGAGUACACAUCAAGCAUAGAAGCUACCUUUUCGAACAUGUCUCCACUUGCAAUCAAUGAAGAGCUACAUAAUCUGUUAAACAAGAAAUCCCUUCCUCUAAAUAAAUUGUUCAUCUUAUUGACAGACACAAAAGUUCUAAAAAAUGAAACAUGGCUCAAAAUAUUUCCAUAUUCAGACUAUGAUAGUAAACUGAAAUUUGCUAUUGGCUUGAUAUAUGAAAACCAAGCUGAGAGGAAUAGUUCUUUGGGAAUUUUACACAUUGAUAAAUGGCACAACAAUUCAAACAACCAUUCAGUCAUGAGAGUACACAUUAAUGACAGUGCAGUGAUUGGCCAAGUGGCUUCAGCAUUUCUCUCUCUCCUGCCCGGAAACUACAAUGAUGACCAACUAAGGGUAAUUGGUCCCACUUGGGAAGCCACAGAAAGAGAUUUCAUGAUAUCUUUGAUGCUUCCGACCGGCAGCGGAGUACUAGGUUUGGACCUCUAUUGGUCUGAUCUUGCAGAAGACAUAGUUUACUUCCGAGGUGUUAAUCUUAAAAAGCGAGCAUUUGUGAUGGACUUUGCAGGCAAAGUACUUAUGCAUACAUUCUUUCCUAGGCCUGAAAUUUCAUCAGAAAAAAUUAAAUUUAUACAAUUAGAACAAGUUGAAACAUACAGUUUCAUUCCUGAAGUGAAGAAACAAAUGUUAAAUUCUAGUGCAGGGUCUGUGACAAUGACUGAAAUUAACUGUACUGAUUCUAUCACUUACUCUUGGAAGUGGGUUGACAGUUUGUAUAUAGUAUGUAUUGUAUCUGAGGUUCCCAGCCAAAGUUCACUCAAUUCAUCAGAUAUUUACUUUACACGAAAUAACAAGGAAAUUUUGUUUCAUAGAUUAGAUCUAUUUCCUCCAAAAAAUGGAAAAAUUUGUAGACAUUUCAAGCAGAUUGCAACUAUUGAUCAGGGUACUGUAUACCUUAGUCCUUCUAGCUUCCAAUCUCCCUUUACAUAUCUUUAUGAUAUGGCGGAUGGUCAGGAAGCAGUUACAUAUAUGCAAAACUAUUUAGCAUACUUAAAAAGCUUAGCAUAUGGCUUGCUAUCCAAUCCUGGUUUAAAAAGUGACAUACAACAUGAUGUUAACUAUCUUAAUUCAAUUUUAUCUUUUUAUAAAAGACAGCAUUUGCAUGGUGCAUAUUCCAAAUACAUUGUGAGAAGGUAUGCUGUAACAGAGAGUGGAGUUUUAGUAAUGUUUCCAGGGACAGUUCUCGAAUAUGACUAUGAACCUGUAAAGAGGCCCUGGUACACAUAUGCUUUAGAAAACCAAGGCAAGGUGAUCCUUACGCCCCCUAAUCUAGAUGUAGGGGGUGCUGGAUACAUUGUUAGCAUUUCAUACGCAGUGAGGAAGAGUAAUUUUCCUACUGUUGUUGUUGCGAUGGAUGUCACCAUGGGAUUUCUUUAUAAAAUGUUAAUCGACAGUUUACCACUCUGUGCAGUGUACAAUAUAAAGUGCUUUGUAAUGAAUAAUAAAGGGUAUCUAGUAUCACAUCCUGGGCUGAUGGAUCCAAACAGUUCUGGACCGAUUGAACAGCAGCAUAUUACCCAUAAAGAGUCCAUGAUUGCCAUCGAUAUGUUGAAUCAUAAAGGUUUUGUGACAAAGAGGUUGUGUAAUAAUUUUUAUGAUAAUACUAUUCAAAGGUUUUACGAAUUCAACACAUCCUUGUCGAGCAUUCUCUCUAAUGUGGCAACAGGACCUCACUGCGUUCAUUACUAUAUUGCUGCGAUUCCUGGCACCAAUGCAUUCAUUGGCCUUGUGAACGCGUCGUGCAACAUUGGCGUGUUCUGUCCCUGCAGUAUGAUAGAUCGUUUGUGUCUGAAUUGCAACCGCAUGGAGCAGACUGAAUGUGAAUGCCCAUGCGAAUGUAGUUCUGAACUGUAUCAUUGUCCAAAUGCAAAUGUAUCCAGAUUCAACCAAGAUAUUCCUCUGUGUGGGAUGACUCCAGAGCACAACAAUCACAAGUCGCACUAUUUUCAUAAUUUUGCAGAAAAUUUAAAUAGCUGCUUCGAUUUUCAAUGCGAGAGCUACACUACGCACUCCUCUUGUCUGGGAGUCUUAGGAUGCGAAUGGUGUCAAAUAGACGCCGACGCUAAGACUCCUCUGGCUGCACCCUUCUGCACGUCGCAAUCAACUUGCUUCAAUGGCGUGCUAGGGGCAGUCACUCCAUAUGGUGAAGGCACUUUUGGCCACGUAAAUAGAGAUGCUUUUGGAAGUUAUUCCGCCAUAGGUCCUAUAGCUGGAUGUAUAGUUACUGUUAGCUUAAUAAUAGCUGUCGCCGCGUACUGUUACAGGCAGAACGUGACUUCAGUUAGUUGUCAUAAUCUUUACGUAGACGGGCCGGCGGAAACGUGGCACGAUCCUGAUGUCCAAUUGAGUCACUUGCAAUCUGAUGACAUGCAUGACAAGUCUGGCCAAGACAAGCUCUUACCGGCCAUGGAGAUAGAAGCUCCUAUAUCUCCGUACAGAGUCAUAACAGGGUACAGACGAGCGCACACCGCGGGCGGCUCUGACCAUGGCUAUUCAACUAUGACUCCUCACGAAGAUUCAGAAGCCACUGGUUUCUCGGUCAAUGACCCUAUAAUUUUGUCAGAUGAUACGAAAUCUGACGUCAGUUGCCCUCUCCCAGCGAAGAUCAAACCCAGAUUGAAAACUGGUGGCGAUCUCACCGUAACAGUGUUGCCUUGUGGCAAAAAUAGUAUUAUAGCUCCGGUCACCGUACACAGACACAUGGAAGCAUCAUAAUGCUGCGUAAUCUACCUCCUUUUGUACAUAAUAUUUUAAUCAAUUUAGCUUGGUACUUAUGACAUUAUUAAAUGUGAUAUUUGUUUAAAUGGCAAUUUUCUACAAUGUGUUGUUUUGUUUAAACUGUUUUAAUGAGUGUUGGUAUAUUAACAUAGAACAAGAGCAGAGCGUAUAAAGUAGCAUUUACCUACCAUUUCUGUUGACUACCAUCCUUUACUUACGCCACACUAGUGUGACAGCGAGCGACUCUCAUUUCAGACAUAAUAUACAGGAUAAACAUGUAAAUCAAUCUUACAUCACUUUCUUCACCCAUAGAUUUUAAUUUAAAUAAAUGGUGACUUUCGGUUGGUUUAUAUGUUAUGCUCUCUGUACAUUUGGGACUAACUAAUAUUAUUAUUUACCUGGUGCUCUUUAUUUAGAACAAAUUUGUAUAAUCGCUAUGACAGUUUUUUAUCUGUAACAUUGUUUUUUAAUUAACCAUGUGUUUAGUUAUAUUGUACUAAGUGUUCCCUACUUCAAAAUAUGGUUGUUAAUGUAAUAUGCAGGUAUUUUAUAUCAUAUUUUUACACUAUACUACGAAUAGGUAGAAAUUAGCAAUUAAUUAGCAUGUAAUUGUAAAUCUAAUAUUAAUUAUAAUUAUAAAUGUGCCAGUGCCUCCUGUAUUAUUAAGGUUUAACAAUAUGUUUAAAACUAUUUUUAAGACUGAAAUUGAUGUUGCAUUUACUUAAUUAAUGUAAUAAAAUAAUUUUUAAUUACAUUUCUUUUACUC